GAGUUGUUGUUGGCGUCGCGUUGCCGCGCCUUCGGGUCGCCUCACGGCCUCAUUCGUUUAAGACCUACCGCGCCGAUAGUCGGGUCGGGUAGUACCUACAGUUCGUUCACAAACUGCGGGAAAUAUCGCGAAAGUAGAUCUUUUUUUAUUAUAAACGUUGAUAAUAUUUAACUAUAGUUAUCUACAUUAUUUCUAAAAAAAAAAAAUAAUACCAAUUUAGGAAUAUAGGUGCUACUUGAUUACUUUAUUACAAUGUUCCGUUCUCCAAGGGAUCCAUAUUAUGUUGACUUGAACGUGCACAAGUUUAAGGCGGAAUAUGCUAAAAGUGGAAGAAUGAAGUGCAAGGGAUGCGGCGAAGAGAUUGAUAAAGAUACUGUGCGAAUCGCUGUUAUUGAGCGUAUUACGUGUGACUUGUUUAGUGCAAAUGACUACAAAUGGCAUCAUGAACAUUGUUUUUUUAAAAAAGUCAGCGUAGUUAUUACUCCUGAACAUAUUCGUGACUUAUCUACACUCAAGGAGGAGGAUCAGGAGAGAAUCAAAUCUAUAAUUGAAACAAUUGCUACUAUACUUUCAAGGAAAAGACGAAUUAAACGUGAUGGUAAGCCCGUAAAGAAGGUAAAGGUAGAAACCAAUAAAGAAUGAAACAAAAGGAAAACUAAAAGAUCGCCCAUAAUCCACACCGGCCGAGUUCGCAAAGUCCUGUCUUCGAAAAUUUAUACCUAAAACCGAUGUGAGACUAUUUGGGCCUGUACCAGAAGAGGACAUUAAACCUGAUACUAUGUAAACUUACUCAAAUUUAUGUAAUAAGCCUCUUGAUUAUGGUAAUAUGAUAUUACCUACCAAUCACAUUUGCAUAUUGCACACCAAGUACUUAAAAUCCUUUAAAAUAAUUAUAAAAAUGUAUCUUACAUCUUGGACAGAUAUUAUGAAGAAUCUCAAAAUGCAUUUUUUGGUAAGUGUAGUAAUUGUUAGUGAAAGUGCCAUGUAAUAUUAAUGUGUUAAAUUUUAGUGUCCCUUCGUCCAGCAUACUCACCAUAGAAUCCUGAUAUUUCAUGAAUGUCAAAAAACUGUUCUGAAAUAGUGCU